AUGCUGCGCCCGAGUUUCGUUAUCCCGGUCACUCCAAGUGAUGAAUCAAACACUCCUCCUCAGAGUCUCACCCCUGGCACUGAUCCCUACGCGCAAAUCGCUGCAAAUCCCGCGCUUAAGUUGCGCCUGGAGUUGUGGAAAAAGGAGGAAGAAGUCGUGAAUCAACGAAUCGAGCGCAAGGAGCAGCGCCUCCAGAACACUAAGAACGAGAUCUAUCAGCUCCUGGGAAUCUACUUCGUCUUCCAAGGUGUGAUUCUCACUGCCCUGGCCCAGGCCACAAAUUUGCCCCCAAGUCGCGUAUGGAUCCCUUUCGUUCUCUCGAUGCUCGCCUCGCUCGCCACAAUCCUCGCUCUCAUCUUCAAAUUGGAGGAUUGCGCAGAGCUCCAGCGCCAAAUCGCGAGCGAGAAGCUGCUAUCCAGGGCCCUGUUCCAGGCCAGUGACACGCUCAAGAGCAUGGGCAACGAUUACAACCCCACGGAUCUCCACCUCUUGCCCCAUCUCCAAAAUCCCAAGACCGUGGAUCGAUCGCAGCUUUCGAGGAUCUGGAUCAGCCACAUGGAGGGAUACGGCGCAUUCCUGCUAGUCAUUCUGUUCAUCUUCUCCGCGAUAAUGGCCAUCUCGUGCUGGAUCAUCCACAACGACGGCUCCUCAGAACCCAAGAAGUAG